AUGCAACUAGAGCUGCUGAAAGCAUACGCCGACUUCGUCUACAACCAGAUGCCUGUACUUGACUUGGAAGAAUUAUUGUUGAUGGUGAAAUAUAUGGACGACAAGCUGGACGAACAGAGAAUUGAUAGUUUUGCGUUCGAAAAUUCGGGCAAGAAACAGAUCAGCUUCUUGUUGUUCCAGGCAGUUUUGUAUGCUGGACUUGGUUAUUUGAGCACAAAAGCUUUGACGGAAGCGGGAUUUCAAAGUCGCUCCUCCGCCCAGAAAAUAUUCUUCAACCGAGUAUCACUUCUCUAUUCUUUCAACACCUGCGACGACCGACUAUCUGUGAUCCAAUCGCUGCUUCUUAUGACCCUCUGCUCCUCUACUACCGAAGCACGGCACUGGUUAAGUCUCGCCACAUCAUUCUCAAAGAGUCUAGGACUAAAUUGCGAUGUCUCCUCAUCAAGCCUACCAUUGCGAAAGAAACAUCUUCGCCGCAGGAUUUGGUGGACAGCCUUCCUCCGAGACCGCAUCUUGGCUUUAGGGUUGAGUGGCGACUCUUGCAGAAGUUUCAUAAUCAAUAUAGAUGACUGUCGCAUUGACCUGCUAAGCCUAGAGGACUUUGACCUGGAUGAAAACGUAUUAAACCCCGAGACCAUUAGCGCUGUCAGAAUGAGGACCGAUGCCGUACUAUGCGUAGAGAGGCUUCUGCUUUGCUGGCAUAGUAACGACCAUCCUGCGUCGAGCUUUUCGUCAAGGGACACACGACUCACAAUGGUAUCGCAACCUAUUUUCUGUUCUUCACUCGAUGAAUGGCAGUUCCCGCGACGAGAACAUCCAACUACCACUACAACAUCAACACCUGAAUCUAUUACGGAUAUUUCCACGCCAGACUUCGACGAGGUUAUAGAUAUCAAAACUCAGUCUAGUUCUGGAUCCGAUGUAGACAGAGAGUACGUCGAUUUCAUUGAAUAUUUACAAGAAGAAUUAGUUAAGUAG